UCACUUGUAUAAGAUAGAUAAAGCCGAUCACACAAUACUAGUUCUGCUUUCAUUCACAGUCCAAUUAACAACGUUUAGUUACUACAGCAGAAAAUGCUCAAGAUUUUCGUAUUUUGUCUAGUCGUCCUGACUUACUUCAGCAAUGGAAAUGUUGUUGCACCGCGGACUUGUGGGGGUCGAGUAUUUGUCGAUAAACCGAUCGUGAUCGACGCCCCAAUUCACGACGAUUGCAUCUGGGAAUUUCAGACAAAAGACGAUCGGAUUUUGUUAUUCACUUUGGUAGAUGGAAACUUGAAGGAAACCCAAGAAUUUUUCAAGAUCCACGAUGGACUCGACAGUGAGUCUCCGAUUCUCCUUGUCGAAAACCAAAAAAUUCUCGAACGUUCGAGAAAAGAUUUGCCAGCGUCCGUGUACACGACCCAAUCGACAGCCAGCGUUCGAUUCACAAAAGCGCCAACUUCAAAUCUCAAACUCAAAAUUGAAAAGGCUGUCAAUUGCCCAGCAAAUGUGGGUGCACAGACAGAGUGUGGCCGAAUUGUGGAUACCACAUCCUGUUAUUGCGCAGAUUUCAAUAAGAGGUCUCAAACGGAUCAGAAAACCGUGUGUAGCAAUAUUGGAUUCUACAUGUUGGCCCUCGAAAGCCGAACUGAAGAAGAUCUCAUUGCUUUUGCUUGGGGCACUGGAUUUCAGUUCUGGACAUCAUUGAGUUACUCUAAUGGAUACUGGAUUUGGGAGAGCACCAAUGUCCCUAUUAACGGUGGAUACUUCAACUGGGCCAUCGGACAGCCCGACGGAUCAGGUAACUGCGUGCAUUUAAAUGCCAUCACCUCCCAAGGCGGAUGGAACGACGAUUCGUGCGCCACUCCACACGAAGCCGUUUGCGAAGGCCAGCCAUAAGAUUACAUCCGCUAUUUUCCGAACCACUUUCUCCAAUCCAUACGAAAUUAUCUAAUAAUUUUAGAGCAAGAUUAACCAAUACAUUUUCAAAAUCUA